CACUCGUUCAAUCGUCGCUGAUCCUUUCUCUAGCCAUGCCAUCCGACGCAGAUCCAGAUGGACUGCCACGCAGGAACCCGACGUCGAAAUGCGAGCAGCGGAUACUAGCCCGAGCACAGCACCAGAUGUACCCGGUGUGACGGACACCGCACCGACAGCCGUCAGUGGGGCCCCGCCGGCGGCCGCUACAACGCUCGACGAAUCGCCGCAAGCACAGGACACGGCCCAGACUGGGUCAGUGCAGUCCCUAGACUACACCGACCCGCACGCAGACGACUCGGAUGCCUCACGCGGAGUAGCUGAGCGCGGCGCGGACGCGGACGAAGGUCGUCAGGGUGGACUAGUAGGCGCGAUCGAGCACGCGGAUCGACGUCAAGACGGCGUCGCGCGUCCGAGUCAGGAGGAAAUAGCUGCACCUGGGGACGCACCCGCGCAAUCCGAGUCGCGCUUGCAGUUGGACCGCCAGAACGCCGGCAGCGGAUGAUUUGGACUCGGAGGAUGGAGGAUGGUGACAUCGACGUGUACGUCGUGCGUCGCGAGACAGACCAUCGCCGCCGAAUGCUGACGUCCACCGCAGACGGACAGUCUAGACCGAUUGUUGACCAAUCGCGACCGAUGAUAGAUCUCUCGGUGCAAGAACAGUUUCUUUCAUUGCGAUGGGCUGAUGUCUCGUAAAUCCUUGCGCUCGUUACUACAGUGUGUCUACGAUACGCUUGUGUUCACCGACCGGAUUGCCUGGAGG